CAGGAUAAGUGUUUUCGAAGGAGUCCCGACAAUCUGGUCCGCCGGCAAACAGGGAUUGUAUCUUCAUAACCGGUGCUCUUCCUUGAGAGACUCCGGCCGACACCUGUACAUCCGUGCGAGCAGUUGCGUUUGAGAGCCAUGUACAAAGUCGAGAUCCUUUCCGACACCCUGCGGGAUGCGGCCAUUAACAGGCGGAAGCAUCUCGACGCGGAGCGCAAGAAGAGGAUUUUUGAUCCUAAGAUACGGGUUUUUGGGAUUGAUGUCCAGGCUUUGGAGGAUCAAAUGAGGACAAAGGAGCGAAUAAAGCGGGAAGAGCAGCAGAGGGAGGAAGCUUUCGACAAAGCAAUGCGCGAAGCCAACCUCACCCUCGCCCACCUCGAAGCCGAAGCCGCCGCGCAAGCCCGCAGCGAGCUCGAACGUCUCAAUCAAUUCCGGUCAGCCCACCAACACCCCACCCAGCGGAGGGACUAUGACCUCUACGACCCCUUAGCGCUGCGAAAGGACCGGCCGGGCCGGAUCGGUGAUGAUGAUCAGACGAUUGGGCUGAGCUCGUGUCAGAGGUUUGAAGGGGAGGAUUUGGCGCAGGAGAGGAGGAAGAAGUUGCAGAAGGAGCAGAUUAGGGCGUGGACGAAUGAGCAGGUUUGGGAGCGGAGGAUGAAGAAGGCGGAGGAAGCUGAGGAGAAGAGUCGAUACGAGCAGUACCAAAACGACGUUGACCAAAAAGUCCUAACACUUCAAAAGGCCGUGCAAGAGGCGCGGCAGGCGCAAGCUCGUGCCGAUGAGGCGUUCAAUCGCCAACAGGCUCAAUUCAAAAAAGAGCGCGAAGCAGAACGCCGCCGCCAUGAAGAGCAGCAAAGCAUCGACGAGGUGAAUCAGCAAGUGAACGGCCGGUUCUUGACCGAGCAGCCUGAUGUGUUCAACAUCCGGGGUGGCCAUCAAGUCCGCGUAGACGAUUUCAAAGGCAUCACGAGGGAACAACAAGAAUACAUCGCGCAAGUACAAGCAAAGCAGCGUGCAGACCUCCAGACCAAACGCGAAGAAGAACGCCAAGAAGCACAACGCAUAGCCCGCCAAGACGCAGCCAACAUCCGCGCCGCAAUGCUGCUUGAGCGCGAGAAGGUUCGCCGGCAGCGCGAGGACGCUGCGAGGCUGUUGGAGGAAAAUAGGGAGAAGGCUGGGGAGCAGAAGGCGAAACAACACUACAUCAACCACGUUCUGUACACCAACGAACCAACGGACGCUUUCUUCCUGCAGUUCAACACAACGAGUCGAUGAUUGGUCUCUCGCGGUUCUAGCGAGGCCUCUGCGGAUCGCAUCAUGUAUCCCGCUCUGACUUGCUAGAUAGAUCUUGUCUGAAUUGUGUUUAUCCCGCCAGAUCAUUAUUCAAUGUGAGAAUACGAACUGGCGGAGGUGUGUUUGGUAUGAUGCGAGCCGGCGCGAUACGAUGCAAAUACGAGCCAGUGAGAAUGGUCCGACAACUCAGCAAUGGUAUUACAACAAGUAGACCAACACCAACG